UGUAGUCGAACACAGGUACCAUGCCGGGUCAAGCAAGGCAGCGUAACCAUGACAGCCGUGUUGUUGGCGGUGCUAAAUGCCAGUAGCAAAGGCGCUCACAUAACCGCAGAUAGCAUCGCAUUAACCCGUUGAAAGUGCAAGCCGAUAAGAUGGGUGACCGCCAAACAUACUUUUUACACGCAUCAAUGACAGGAAGUGAGUUUUUGUGGAAAUAGCGACGCUGCUCGGGCCAUGUUAGCUAAGCCGCAAAGUGUAUCUGCUACCUAACGUUGUCUUCCGCGUUUGGAAGCCAGGUUUGCACUUUUGUGCAAAUGUUUCGUUUAUUUCUACACUUGAGCAGUCCCAUGAGGGUUCAAGAUGCGGGGGCGAGGAGGCGAGGAGAGGGCGUGAGCCUUUAGACUGGGAGGGUAGGAGAAUGAUUUCACGUUACAACAGGAAACCUGUAUCGCACAAGCUAGAGAUCCGUGGCCUGUCUCGCAGCAGCCUCGACCACCACCCUCUCCCGGAGGAGGCAGACAGCCAGACCCCUCACUGCCCCCUCGAUGACGUGGAUGAGGCCGUCUCCGUCCGCAUCAGUUCUGAGACAUCGGGUGCUUCCAGCCCCUCUGACUGUUCCACUGUCAUUUCUGUGGGCUCCAGCCGGUCUUGGUCGGGCAUCCACAGCUCCACAGGCACCGGCGUAUCCACAGAGAGGAGUUCCGUCUUUUCAUGGGGCUACGAUGAAUUCGACAAGGCGGCUUCCCGCCAAGUGCAGCAAAUGUUUGAUGAGAUCGACAAAGAGCUGUAUGAAGGUCGAGGCAGUGGGAGAGGAAUACUCCCGGGACUGCAGGAGGAGUGUCAGGAGUGGGCCACGCGCUUCCCUCAUCUGCGAAUCCUGGGCACUCAAUUGGUGUGUCCCGGCGAUGAGGGCUUCCAGUGGUACGCGACCUCAGGGACGGUCGGCAGCAACAUCGGUCUUCGCCCGUCCGCGGCCCAACAGGCCGUCGGGAGGCCAAGUGAGAAAGAUGACAACAGUACAGAGUUGAACGUGCUCGGCCGCAGCGCGGCAGUGCUCAAGUCCAACUCAGCAGAACAAAACGGGCCGUUAAGCGGCUCCAGACCCAAAGUGAUCGAGGUGGAGGGCCACAUGGAGGAGUACCUGGCCUUCGACCGCAUCAGCCUGAAGUCGAGGGGCUCAAAGCGCAAGUCCCGCCAGAAGCCCCCAAAGCAGAAAAGGCCGUCCAGUGCGGGCCGGGCCUUGAUCGGAGGCGUCCAGAAGAACCUGAAUGACCUCAUCAUGAUCCACAGCAUCCCGCUGCAACAGAGGAACCUGGCCGCGCUGGACAGAACUCAGUGCGAAUUACAGGAGUCGGAGGAGCGCGGCCCUCUCAGAUCGGGUUCGGGCGUGGCGCCCGCCGGCAGACCCCGCCCUCGCGGGGUCCUGGAGCAGAGCUCGUCCUCGCUGACCCGCCCGCCUCAUUCGGCCCGCCGUAGAAACCUGGCACCCCGCACGCUCCAGCCCCUCGUUCCCAGUCCGAGCCAGCCCAACGCGGCCGGAUCGAUGGAUGAGGUCAUCCGGGGUACACGGCUACCCACUGCCAGUGACCGCCUGAUGUCUCCAUUAUUUGCACUGAGCAGAAACACGCUCCUGCCGCCCAUUGGCGCCGGAGACACAGAGCAGUCCAAAACCGCUCAGCGCCACAAAGGCCCAUCCAGCCGGGCCCACAGCGCCCUAAACGAUGAGGUCGCCCCUUCAAUUCCGAGGGAUCGCCUUUUCCCGUUGGAUGUCUUCUCCCGGCCCAACACCACACACACAUACAGGUCAGACACCCCUUACCGGCGCUCCUUCACUGUGCUGGACAACAUCGGACAGGGGAGGCCUGGCAGAGCCUCGGUUGCCACAGACUCCCUCGGGAUCGGCGUGACCGGCAUCAGCCUUGGGAUCGGCAGCUCCUCUUUCCUGGACUCAUUUUCCCACCAGCCACUGGGCCGCUGGCCAAUCAGGGACGAGGACGAGGAGACGGACUUUCAAGCCUCGCACCCCAACCAAAGCAGCCCAUGCGUAAUAAAGAUCCAGGACAUUUGUAACGCUCUUACCUUGGUUCCUCACCAAGACUCCCUCGGGAUCGGCGUGACCGGCAUCAGCCUUGGGAUCGGCAGCUCCUCUUUCCUGGACUCAUUUUCCCACCAGCCACUGGGCCGCUGGCCAAUCAGGGACGAGGACGAGGAGACGGACUUUCAAGCCUCGCACCCAGGUCCGUUGGUGCCCGUGUCCGGCACAUCUCGUUCUCACAGUCGGGGGGGCAUCGCAUCACGACACAGCAGACCAGGACUGUAAACUGGUGGCUUCAAAUUGUCUCCAUGCACUUUAGUCUUUCUUCUCGAUACUGGACAGAUGCAGCGCACAGCAAAGUGCCCACACUUUUUUUUUUUUGUUCUUUUACAGAAACGUUUCAUACUGUUCAUGUGCCGCUUUGUUAAAAAUCUAUUUUUGUAUUUCAAAUCAGCUUCUGCCAAAAGAAGAACACUCUGAGCUGGUUUUGGAGUUCUUAUUUUAA